GCUGAGCAAUAAAACGGGUGGGUGUCCUUUACUUUCCUUCUAGAAUCUUGUUCAAAACCCCCAAAACCUCCUCUCUUUUUUUCAUUUCAUUUCAUCUGUGAUUUUGUGAAAGACGACAAUGGCAACAAGACGGGCAUUUAGCUAUGUGUCUCGCAGGUUCUCAAGUGGUGGCAAAAUACUUAGUGAAGAGGAAAAGGCUGCAGAAAAUAUCUACAUCAAGAAAAUGGAGCAAGAGAAGUUGGAAAAGCUUGCACGCAAGGGGCAACAAGCUGAAGGUGCAUCUGGAGGCUCGGGUGGUUCAGGUUCAGGAGCGGAUGCAAGUGCAAGUGGAUCUACAGCUUCAAGUUCAUCUGCAGGUGGAGUAUCCACAGACAACUACAAGAACUAUGCAGUUGUAGCUGGGCUCUUAACUGGGCUUGGUGCUCUUGGAUGGUACCUUACAUCGAAUGACAAGAAAACUGAGGAGCCUCGUGAUUGAAGACUUGUGUGAAAUGUGAUGUAUAGGUAUAUGCAUCGUUUUCAACUAUCUUGUGACCUAUGUUUUCUAUGAAAAUAAGAAAUACAUGUUUGUAUGAGCUAUAGAACUCAAAUGCUUUUAGCAACGGAAAAGGUUAACUGAAACGGACCAAUACCCCUUGAAAUAUGAUAUGCUCUGUUGAAGCAUGCUUUCAAUGGCUA